AAGUGAGCUAAUCAAGGCGAACGUUCGGAUGUUGCAAACGGGAGCUGAGUUGUGCUAGCUUCAUUUUGCUCACAGAAUCCGCCAUGGACUGGCUCGGGUUCAGCUAUGCUGCUCUGGUGUCAGCGGGAGGAAUCCUCGGAUACGUGAAAGCAGGCAGCGUCCCCUCCCUGGCUGCAGGGCUCCUGUUCGGCCUGCUGGCUGCAGUCGGUGCUUCUCUGGCAUCUCGAAAUCCCAGCAAUGUCUGGCUUUCACUUGGCACCUCGGGGACGCUGGCUGUGGUGAUGGGACUGAGAUUUCUCAACUCCUGGAAGUUCAUGCCAGCUGGUUUGAUGACGUUGGCGAGUGGUCUGAUGCUGAUGAAGAUAAUCUCUGGAAUGCGAAACAAACGUAAAUCUUGACGUUAGCCCACUGUAACUUUUCUGUGUUUGCAUGUGUUUUUUUUACAGUAAAAUAUAUAAAUUGUGACAACAACGUACUGUGCAUUCACAAACAUUUAUUCUUUCUGGUUCUCUAUUUAAAAAUAACCUUUUUCUUCACUUUGGGGACGUUUUCAAGUUUGUACAUUUGCAAAACAAUAUAUUCACGCACAAUAUGUUUU